AUGAAUAAAUUAAUAGUAGUUAUCACUUUUUUAGUGUUUAUUUCUCUGUGUGAGUCACACUCAGUCGAUCACAUCAAUAUCCCACCAAGAUAUGCAGAUGUACAAAAUCAAAUUGCAAAUGCCAAUAGUUCAACUCUAGUUUGUACUUUAAGUAUGAGAGUUAAAUCCUGUCAAACUUCAAACAAUCAAAUUCAAUGCCCAUCAGUUGCUCAAUGUUUACAAGAGUUCUCUAAGAGUAAAGACUCUUAUGGUAGCUUUGCUGUAUCUAUUCCAAACUUCUUAUUUGAUUCCUCAUAUCUAUGCUCAGGUGUUGUAAGCGACUUUAACAUCACUGGUGAGAUCUUAAUUUCCUCGGCCAAUGGUGGAAACGUAUACAUUGAUUGUAAAGAGUCACAAUUCCUUGAAGUUACUUUAGUUGGACCAACUACCUUUGUACUCCAAGGUAUUGAUUUUAUUGGAUGUCAUUCCCCUAUCAAUGGAGGAUGCCUCAAUAUUAUUAAUCAUAAUGAAUCGAUAUUGAUAGAAUCCUCUGUCUAUGUUUAUAAUAGUAGCUCCAAUGGAAAUAGAGCAAACUACCAAGGUGGUUUCAUCAAUGCAGAUGUUGGAUACAUUUCCAUCUCCAACUCUACUUUUAAUGAAAAUAGUGCCAUCUAUGCCAGUAGAACCGGUGGUGGAGUUAUCUAUUGCUCUAAUGGUACGGUCGAUAUUGAAAAUUCUAAUUUUACCAACAACAAUGUUCAAGGUGCCAAUGCCGGUGUAGUUUUCAGUGAGAACCUCCUUGUAUCAAACUCGACAUUCGACUCUAACUAUGCUGGAACCAGUGGUGGUGCCUUUUAUGUCAAUGGAUACACAUCCAUUCUCAACUCUGUCUUCACCUACAACAAGGUUUCAUUGUCUGGUGGUGUCAUCUAUUCACCAUAUGGUAUUAUCUAUAUUACCAAUUCAUAUUUCUCUGGAAACAAUGCCAACAAUGUAGGUUCUGUUAUCUACGGAGGAAAUAUUACCAUCGAAAACUCUAAAUUCGAGGCCAACACUGGUGUUGCUGGUGGCGUUAUCUAUUCAACUUAUCAAAUGGAACUCCCAACUUUGAUUUCAGUAAAUAACUCUUUCUUCAUUAACAAUGAAGUCUAUGAAUCAGGUGCUGCUAUUUAUGCCUACUGUUCUGAUCUAAACAUCCAAAACACCGUAUUCAGAGGUAACCAAGCUCAAAAUGGAGGUGCGAUUUAUAUUUCCAAUAGCUACAGAGAUUUAGAAAUCAACGUUACCAGUUCCAUCUUUGAAGACCAAACUGUAUCUAAAUCAGGUGGUGCAAUUUAUAUUUCUACACCGUACCCAGGUAAUAUCUAUCUCAAUUUGUUUGAAUCUAUAUUUUUGAAUAAUGUUGCCAAGUCAUAUGCAGGUGGAAUUUACUUCCAACAAGUCCCAAUUUCUUUUAUUGGUGGACUUUUUAAUGGUUCAAGAAGUAGCGAAAUUCAAUCAGGUACUUUCUACUCAUUAUCAACCACCAAUAUCAACAUCGUUUCUUUCUCUAAUAUUAAUGAAAUUUCAGUAAACUAUGUCCCAUUCUAUGAUGAAGCUUAUUUCUCAAUGCCAAAAGCACUUGGAGCAUUUGGUCAGUGUGUUAAAGGUUACGCCACAAUCGAUGAAUACGGUGAUGUAAUUAGUUGUAAAUGCUACAGCGGUGGAAGUGGUCCACAUUGCACAUAA